UGGUCCUAUUGCUUUAUUUUAUCACUCCUCCACCCCCAUCCACAUCGUUUGACCCCUCGGCAAACACAUCGUAUCUCUUUUGCCACCAAUUUUUUUUAUCUCGCAGCCAGCCUGUGAGCACCAUUCCACUCGAGUCCACUCCGUCUUCGCAUCCACCGAGCCGGAAGGGGAUGCAUCAUAAAGCCAGCCAUGAACAUUCACUCUUCAUUCCUCCAUUCCCUUCCUAACAAACACUUCCAGAGAGCGGGUGGGUGCUUGGCCGCGACUUUACCAGCCAGGACAGGGGCAUGUGCGUGGCUGCACCGCCCCGGGGGGGCAAAGUCCAUCACGUGGCAUCCAUAACCUCCGAAAGGCCCUCCCUCCACACCCCCCUUCCAAUGUACGGUUCCUUCCUUCCUCCUUCCUCCUUCCAUCCGAUCCCUUCUCCGCACAAAAAGAAUCAGCAUGUCCCCCCAAAAGGCGCUCAUCCCGCCCCUCCAGCUCUACCGACAGAUCCUCCGUGCCCACCGAGUCCAUCUCCCCCCACAAUUCCGAAUCCUCGGCGACGGCUACGUCAAGGCAGAAUUCCACCGCCACAAGGACGUCGACAACCCCCUCUACAUCGUCGGCUUCCUCGAGCAGUGGCAGGAAUAUCUCGACCACAUCAUUUCCGCCUCCCCCAACUCCCAACAGGACCAGCACCAGAACCAGAGCCACUCUCAUACUACUCAUACUCAAACAUCAUCUCCAGCAGCAGCAGCAGCAACAGCACCCUCAGCACACCCCACCUCAGUAUCCUCCGCCGAAUCAGCCCGUGAAUCCACUCUCCAGCGCCUAGUCGCCCAGGGCCAACUCUUUGGCAAGAAGCUCAACCCGGCGCUUCUCGAUAAGAUGACAGAUCAGCAGCUCGGACAGCUCUACGAGCUGCGCAAGGAGACCAGGGGCCUCCAGACCCCUCAGGAGCUCGAGGAACUUGCCAAGGAAGAGGCACAGCUUCUCGAGAAGGUCGCUGCCACCCUCCCGGCCUCUGUGCUCUCACCCGUUGCUUCUUCUUCUUCCUCUUCCUCGUCCUCGUCCUCGUCCGCUUCAAAUUGAGCAACAAACAUAUCCAUAGAGUCAUUUGGCAUAAAUUCCCGUGUAUGUACACUCC